UUCCUCUUGGCCUGAACUUGGCUGACCUCCGCGGUUUCCUUCUGGCUCCUCUGAGCCUCUAUUGUAAGGGAGAGUCCUGGUGAGUACUACCUGAAGAUGACCUCUUCUGGCCAUCCCAGCCCCCAGGGGCACCCUCCAUGGAUGGUGAAGCCCCCAGGAACUUUGGCUCCUCAUGAGGCCAACACUCCAGGCCUGAGCACUCAGGACAUUCUGGCUCAACUGAAGAAGCAGUUCCCCAGGUUCCCUCCUCACCUGCGGGCACAGGUGGACAGCCUUUACUACUUGCUCCAGAAGAUUCGGCGCGAUCUACAGGAACAUCACAGGCAGGCAGAACAUUUUCGACAGUUCAUAGAGACGUGCAACCAAUCCCUGGGCUUCCAGCCAGGGGAGGCUGACCAGGACGCCUGGGGACCCGCCAGUACCAAGGUUUCCCAGCACCCAAGGGUCAAGCCCCCACAGCCCUCCGGUCUUCAGGGGCCAGACUUCAAAGACGUCAUGGCCACAAGGUCAUCUGACUGGCACCAGCAGUCCUCUGGAGUGGACGACUCCCCGGCUCACCAGCUGGACACACGGCCGGCUGGGGACUCUGAGCCCCAGUUUUGGCAGGAUGUUCUGACCCAGCAACUCUGGCAGAUGUUUGCCGGGACCCAUGAUAAGGUGGACCCAUCGAGACACAGGCGUGAGUCUCCCCUAGGUUGGGAAGUGGGCGGCCUCGGCACGCGUGGAGGGCGGCGCAGGCUGAACCGUGUCUUUCUCCUGCCUCUCCCCAUCCCUUCCUCCCCUCCCUUCGUCACAGCGAGAGAGCAGAUGCCAGGCAUGGAGAGCCAGAACGUAGGACCGUUCUACUUUGGAGCAAAACCCUAUACCGAAGAUGCUUUGGGUUUCCCAGAAGGGAGCAUAGGGCCAGGCAUGGCACCAGGGGUGAUGCUGUCCCGUGUGGCCCAGGAGCCUGCUAGGACAACCUAUCGCUUCUUGAAGCCCAUAUGCUGGGACCCUGAGGACUUCGAAGUCACAUGGAAGAGGCCAGAUGCCUUGCCCUGGCAACCCAAGAAGCUGGCCCUCCCACACAGAAUGAAGCUGAUGCGGACGCUGAAGCACGGGGAGUCCGUGCUGGCCACCGCGGUGAGCAGCUUCACGCGGCACGUGUUCACCUGCAGCAGGAGUGGCGUCAAGGUGUGGAGCCUGGUCGGCCAGAAGGUGGAGGACAGAUUCCCCGUCAGCCACCUGCGUGUCCAGACCCCGGGGGCCUACCUGCGCACCUGCCUGCUGUUCUCCAACAGCACGACGCUGCUGACGGGCGGCCACAACCUGGCCAGCGUGAGCGUUUGGGACCUGAUGGCGCCCUCCCUGCACAUACGCGAUGAGCUACCCGCUGCAGAUCUCACUUGUCAGGCCCUGGCUGCCAACCUGGAGGACAGCCUGGCCUUCGCCAGCUUCACCGAGGGCACCAUCAGGAUCUGGGACUUGCGGGACCACAGUGUGGUCAGGGACCUGCCAGGCCCUUCGAACGGAGCCAAGAGCAUUGUUGUCAAAGACAAUAACAUCUGGACCGGGGGUCUCGAUGCCUGCCUGCGGUGCUGGGACCUGAGGACCAAGGAGCCCCGGGAAUACCAAUUUGAGUCUCAGAUAAUAAGCCUGUCCCCCAGCCCCCGGGAGGACUGGGUUCUGGUGGGCACAGCCAAUGGCCAGCAGUGGCUGCAGUCCACCCUCGGGGGCCAGAAGCACAUGGUGGGCUGUAAGAACAGCACCAUCCUCGGUCUCAAGUUCUCCCCUCUCGGCCAGUGGUGGGUGAGCGUGGGGAUGGACAACCUGGUCAGCAUCUACAGCAUGCCCAGAGGAACCUUGCAGUUCCAGGUUCCCGAGAGAACUUCCGUCAUGUGCUGUGACGUUUCCUCUAACAACCGCCUGAUCGCCACGGGGUCCAGGGACCAUGCCUCGGUGUACCAGAUCAUGUACUAAGGGGCUCACUGCUGCCAUCUCAACUCGGGGUCCUUCCCCCCCCAAUGAGGGGGAAGCGGUGGAGGGUCAUGAUGGGUGGGCCGGUGAUCUUUGUCACGUGUAAUAAAGCAACU